CGCCAGCAGGAGGCGCCGAGCCGGGCGGCCGCGGCGGAGGGCGCAGCCCGGGGCCACCGCGCCGCCGAUCCUGGGCGGGAGUGGCCCCCCGCGCUGAGCCAGGAGCGGCGGCGGGCACCUCGGGGGCGGGCGCGGGGCGCAGCCUGCCUGGGGCCAGUCGCUCUGGCCAGCGUGCCCCCCGGCGUGGGCAGUUGAGCCAGGCUUGGCAGGCGCGGGAGUGGGUGCGGACGCGGGCGCCUGGACUUGGCGCGGGGGACCCGGGCGCCGCGAUGAACAUCGUGGUGGAGUUCUUCGUGGUCACUUUUAAAGUGCUGUGGGCGUUCGUGCUGGCCGCGGCGCGCUGGCUGGUGCGGCCCAAGGAGAAGAGCGUGGCCGGCCAGGUGUGCCUCAUCACGGGCGCCGGCAGCGGCCUGGGUCGGCUCUUCGCGCUCGAGUUCGCCCGGCGCCGGGCACUGCUGGUGCUCUGGGACAUCAACACGCAGAGCAACGAGGAGACGGCCGGCAUGGUGCGACACAUCUACCGCGACCUGGAGGCGGCAGACGCCGCCGCGCUGCAAGCUGGGAACGGUGAGGAAGAGAUUCUGCCCCACUGUAACUUACAGGUUUUUACCUACACCUGUGACGUGGGGAAGAGGGAGAACGUCUACCUGACGGCAGAGAGGGUCCGCAAGGAGGUUGGCGAGGUCUCAGUCCUGGUCAAUAAUGCCGGCGUGGUCUCUGGCCAUCAUCUUCUGGAAUGUCCUGAUGAGCUCAUUGAGAGAACCAUGAUGGUCAAUUGCCACGCACACUUCUGGACCACUAAGGCUUUUCUUCCUACAAUGCUGGAGAUUAAUCAUGGUCAUAUUGUGACAGUUGCAAGUUCCCUGGGAUUAUUCAGUACUGCUGGAGUUGAGGAUUAUUGUGCCAGUAAAUUCGGAGUUGUGGGUUUUCAUGAAUCCCUGAGUCACGAGCUAAAGGCUGCUGAAAAGGACGGAAUUAAAACAACCUUGGUUUGCCCAUACCUUGUAGACACUGGGAUGUUCAGAGGCUGUCGGAUCAGGAAAGAAAUCGAGCCUUUUCUGCCCCCUCUGAAGCCUGAUUACUGUGUGAAGCAGGCCAUGAAGGCCAUUCUCACCGACCAGCCCAUGAUCUGCACCCCCCGCCUCAUGUACAUUGUGACCUUCAUGAAGAGUAUCCUUCCUUUUGAAGCAGUUGUGUGCAUGUAUCGGUUCCUAGGAGCGGACAAGUGUAUGUACCCCUUUAUUGCUCAAAGAAAGCAAGCCACAAACAAUAAUGAAGCAAAAAAUGGAAUCUAAGAAUCUUUUCUAUGGAGUAUCAUUUCUACUAGAAGACGAUCAAGAUGUCACAGUCCAGUGCACAUCAGCGAUACUGACAUUCUCUGGAUUCUAAUCCUGUGUUGACUUUUUUAAUCAACUUUAAAAAAAUAAUAAAGUGUAAAUUAACUGACUAGAGUACUCAAAAAAUGUGAUCAGUACAAGUGAGCUUAGGUUCUUGCCAAUAGCGUCCUUUUAGACUGAACAGUCUUUACACAGGCACUCUGUGGCAUCUUUGGGCUAUCAUUCUUUGUCUAAUGAACAGAAAUUCUAGAAGUGGUAACUACAGUAUGUUUCACUUGAGUGGUUUUUUUGAACGCCCAUAGAGUCCUCAUUCUUGUUAGCCUCUAGCCAGUUGGCAGCCUUGUGACGUCAAGGACUAAAAGUGCUGUACUCUCUCCUGUUCCCUGAGUUGCAGUUUUGUAAAGCCUGUGUGGCGUUCUCCUGAUAUUUUUGUGUUCAGCUUUUUUGAAAAAGGAAUUUUGAAAUCUCUACUGAUUCACAAUAGGUGGUGCCUGAAUGAAGGUCAUCAGGUCUCGAAGUCACAGUGACUAAAGGGUUAGCUGGAUUUUUAAUUUUCUCUCUGAAAUGCUUGAUGAAGUAUCUGGAGACCUAGUUAUCCAAAAAGCUCAUACGUUUUUCUACCUAUGAAUUUUGCUGCAUACAGAAAGUGCCCUUUCCUCAGGAAGCUGCUGUUUCCUUUUUUGAAUGAACUCUUAACUAGAAUACGUAGCAGCUCUGCAGAGAAACAGUUUCUAGAACUGGGAACUUCUACAGUGAGAAGUCCCCGUUUCUGUGCCAACCAUGAUUAGUGAGGGGAGAGGUCUCAUCCUGUGGAGUAUGUAUGGAAGGGUGUAAAGAUUCUUUGGAAAGGUUUGUUCACAUUUUAGAACAGCAGAUGACAUUUUUACAGUAUUUUUUUGUAAAGCAAACUAUUUUGUGCCUUGAAUUUGGUAUAUGUGUAUUAGUGAAACAUUGUAAAAGUGAACUUCUACCUCUGUAUCUAAAUGUAUACCAUCCACCUGUAAAUUACUAUAAACUAUUAUGUGAUUUUUUUUUAGAAUGUCUUGUUUAGUGAGCAAUGUGUAAGGCUGUUAAAAUACGCCAACUUUUACUAAUUGGGAAGUUUUAUAAAGGACUGAUUAAAUUUAAAGAAUUAA